AUGCCAAUCGCCGUCGCCCGCACACGACAUGUAAACGCUCCAGACAACCACCACCUGGACUUCCUCCAGUUUCAAAGAGCCAAGCAGCUUGAAAAAGCAGCAAAGCCUGCGCCGCUCUCGGCCGAGCAGCAUGCCGCCAAUCGGGAGUGUCUCAGCACUGUUCAAUUCGUGCAGCCGAAUUACUCUGCCGAAACGGAGAUCAACGUCUGCGGCAUCUUGGGAAGAUGGAAACGCUACUGCAAUGAGAUGAAUGUCGGCGACUGGCGAGCCACGAUUGCUAACCUGAGCCGCGCCACUACGAUGGAUUUUUUUCUCUUCGUCUGUGGCAACUACAAAGUGCGAUCGUGGGGCUCUUCAGGAGAGUACAUCCGCCAGUUCCAGCAGCUCUACACGACUGUCACAGGGCGCUACAUGGAUAGAAAUGAUGCGAAGGAAGUCUACAAGUACCACCGAAAUGUCUUGAUACCUCGCUUCCAUCUCCGAGCACCGAAUAUAGACGGCAAGCCAGUCCUUAAUGUCGACAGUCUUCGGGUCAUUCUGACGUUCAACAUCGCGUACGACACGAGCGUAUUCAGCCUUGGGCGGCAUCGCAUCCAGUUGACCGGCUGCUAUCAGCUGCUGUGUUACACUGGGGCACGACCUGCAGAGUUGGUGGACAACGAGAGGAAGGGCCCGAAGGAUGGCUCCAGAGAAAUACUCUUUGGCCAGAAAGUCAUACAAGAAGCGGACAGCGACGGCAGCGCGGACCGGACGCUAGACAAGCGUUCCAAAGAGCUUAACAAAAUGCUCCUACGAGAGACAACGAAGAGAGGCCGCCCUAAAGCUCUAUGCUAUGAGGACAUUCUUUUGAUGCUGGUGCGGCACCCCGCUACAGGAAAGCCUGUCCUGGCCAUGGCCAUUAAAUUCAUUCACCACAAAGGAGCAGACAACAAGCCGAAGCCGACAAUUUUUUUCUUCACGCCUACUAGGAAGCUUAUCUUUGACGCGGUCAUGGUUAUCGUCGCGUUAGCCCUACAUGAUCAUGCGUUCGAUGCGUCGUGCCUAACCGAUGCGAAUAGUCUGCUCUCGAAGGAUGUCUGGGGUCCUCAAGAUUGCAUGCCAAUCCGUUGGAAAAAGGAGAAAUUGAAAGUCCCUGUUUUUCGCCGCAUCAACGGUGCAACGUUGUCCGAAAACGAGGCGAUGCUCUACUCUAAGCUGAGUUAUGAUAUGGGCCGGCAGAGCCUGGAAUCCGGCCACGAGAAGGCUUGGACGCCCAGGUUUGCCCGGCGAGGCGCGGCGAACGCCGCAAAUGGCGACGCACCGGAUUCGGUCCGCGAUCAGAUGAUGCGGCAUGACCCUCAGUUCGCCACAUUUUUCUCUGCUUAUCUGAACGAGAUUGCCAACUUUGAUCUCCAGAAUGCCUUCCUGGAGGAGGAGAAGCAAAGUCAGCUCUUUCGCAUGUUUGCACAUGUGAGCUUCACCCGCGACCCUCGUGCCGUUCGGGAUAUGGUGCCUGAUGAAGUAUGGGCGAAUCAACCUCCCGACCCCGAGAUUGUGGAGUUGGAGGAGGAGCGCACAAAGCUUAAGCAGGGAAGGUAUCGAAUUGAGGAUAGUCAGCAUGAGGAGAGAAUCCGAACACUCACGGACGAGAUCCGGAACAAGCGAACACAGCGCGAUAGAAUGACUGUGAAAGAAUACCGCGAAUACUAUUUUUACAACCGUCCCACCUGGGACAUUGAGGCCCAAGCCCGCGGCGAGGUGGAUGAAGAAUUCGAGCAGCCAGCAAUUGACCUUGUUAUACCGGAACAGGCAAGACUGGCCAAAAUUCUUUGCCUGCAGCCUGAUUCCUGGACAGAUGAGGAGCUUUUCAAACACAGAGCUGAGGCUAUCGACUUGAUGGUGGCUCUAUGCGAUAAGAAGGAAACAGGCAAAACUAGACGCGCGCAACGGCCAGCCAGGAUCGAGGCUUCUGUCAAGCAAGUGUCGCCGGAAAGUGACACAUCGUCGGAACUAGGUUUCCGGCCAGAUCCUUUUCCACUACUUAUGGAAACAACGCAAUGCCCAGACUGCAUUGGUGACGAGCAGCUGCCGGUUGAAGCGCGGAAGUUUAAGUAUUGCCGUCCGCCGGUACUCAACGACCACUUUGACGACGAGCACCUAGGCCGCCGAGAGACAGCCGAGCGACGUGCGACUCCCACCCCGUUUCAAAACUAUGUGCAACGCGCGGAGCUGUUGCGGCCCAACAAGUCGCAAAUAUUGAGUUAUCUGGACGGCAGGUCACGAAACAGGCCGCCGCGCUGGGCUACUGUGCUCGUGUACAAUGGCGCCGGUGUCAACGCGACCCUUGAUGAAUACGCCGUUGGACCAUUGCCCCCCUCGGCAGAGACUACAAUCCUACCCUUGACGUUCUACCAUAAUUCGGGCAAGAGCUCAAGUCCGAACUUGGUACCGGACUCAUUGUCUGAUCGAGAUUGGCCAUACUCGAUUGCAGAAGGCAUCGCUGACAUGACUGAGAGUAUUCUUGGAAGCGUGAUCAACUAUGGCAACCGAUCUAGCCCCGAUGGCUUGGAGCUCUUUUUCCGAGACGCUAUGGUCGAUGGCGAUGGCAGAACCGUACGUUGGGGUCUGUUUAGAAAAAGAGGAACGAAAUGGGAGCCGAUGUCGCUGCUCUCGCAAAACUUAUAUGUUAAAAUAGAUACCACUGGAAGAGAUCCCAGAAACUGGAAAGUGCUCAACUGGUUCUACAAUGAUGUCUUGUACAACUCUACCGAGGCAUUUCGCGCUGCAUGGAUGGCGCCUGGAUUUGUUAUCACACCCCCAAAUCUGGACGGAAGAUGGACUCACAUUGAUAGCCGCUCCAGCUAUUCAGGACAAGAAAAACAGAGCCAGACAUUAGAGGGAUCUGAUACUAGCCACGGGAGCUUUGUGCUCGACAAGAAGGAAAAGUUUGUUUCUUGGAAAGGAUUCGAGUUCUACAUCACCUUCUCCUCAGUGACUGGUCUCACUCUCUACGACAUUCGCUUUCAAGGGGAGAAAAUCCUGUACGAACUUGGCCUCCAAGAAGCACUCUCCCACUACGCUGGUAGAGAUCCCUUUCUCGGCGCGACGAAAUUCCUGGAUACGUUUUGGGGCAUGGGGCAAAAAAUGUUUGAGCUGGUGCCCGGGUUCGACUGCCCGGACAAAGCGCAAUAUAUGGACAUUCAUUUCUUGGCGCAGUCUAGGAUGAACACUCAUCGCAACGCGAUUUGUUUCUUUGAAAAUCAGGCCGACUACCCGCUUCAACGUCACACAACCGACUCAUAUGUAAGUGUCUCCAAGAACAUAUACUUUGUGGUCAGGACAGUUUCCACGGUUGGUAAUUACGAUUACACCAUAGAGUACAUUUUCUAUCUAGAUGGAAGUAUAGAGGUCAAAUUUCGAGCCAGCGGGUAUAUUCAAGGCACCUACUACGUGCCAGGCGAGAGUGAAGAUUAUGGGUAUCGUGCCCACGACCUGCUCGCCACCAACCUCCACGACCACGUUCUGAACUUCAAGGCAGACUUUGACAUUCUUGGUCAACAAAACACCUUCGUGAGAGUCGGCAUUGAGCCCGCGACCGUCCAGUACCCGUGGGCCCCUGGUAAACCACGCAACACAAUGAAGCUGACUCGGCGAGUCGUGGAAACCGAGACGGGCCUCAACUGGCCGGCCAACGCGGGCUCCCACUUUGUCGUCUCGAACAACGACUCGUCGAAUCGCUGGGGCGAGAAGCGAGGCUACCGCAUCAUGCCCGGAACCGGCCUGGGAGCGCCGUCGCACCUCACGUUCCAAGGAUCCCCGACGUUGGGCCGGGCGGCGGAGUGGGCGCUAAAGGACCUCUGGAUAUCGCGGCAAAAGGAUACGGAGGCGCGGAGCAGCUCACCUGAAAGCGUCUACAUCACAAAGGACCCGAUGAUUGAUUUUGGCAAGUUCAUCGACGGAGAGACCGUGGUGCAGGAGGAUUUGGUCGUAUGGUUCAAUCUGGGCAAUCACCACGUUCCUCAUUCGGGUGAUAUCCCGAACACGCUGCAGCAUACAAGCGCCAGCUCCAUAUGGUUCAUGCCUUAUAAUUUUCUUGAUCGCGAUCCGAGCAGAGGACAAAGUGAAAGCGUUCUGCUUCCGGCGCCCGAAACACAUCUUCAAUCACUCAAUUCUUAG